ACACUAUCUCUUCCAUCUUCCCUCCACAAACCACACAUUCAAGCUCUUACCUUUUAUCCUCAACUAACACAACAAUGGCUUAUACUCUGCAAAAUCUGACAGCCACAAUUGUUCUGGUAAGCCUGAUUCUUGGAUGUACAGAGGAAGUAACCGGAAUGCGUUACAUUCCCAUUUCCCCCACUCCCAGUGAGAGCAAACAUUCAGACUUUCCUGUAAACAUGGUGCCUCAACCAUCUAGUCUCAUUCCUGGUUUUGGAAGGUUCUUGCUACCUCCCACACCUAAGCUGCCAUUCCUUCCUUACAAAGAUCCCCUUGCUGUUGCCCCAGCCACUUCAAAUGGAACUCCUAGUAAUAAAGCCCGCAGUCCGAGUUCAGGAGAAGAUGAAGUUCCACCAGUGCCACAACCAUGACCUGUCAACAAAUAAGCUUUUGCUAGAUGCAGAAGGGUAUUCAAUUCUGGUUCACAUAACAAGUAUACUAGUCAUUUCAUCAUAGUCAUAUAUCUUCAUGAUCUCUCUCUAUAUAUACUUAAGAGGAUAUUGAAUAAAUUCCAGAGCUUUUGCUUACAUACUAUCUAAAAAUAAUAUUUCCAAAUAAAAUGUAAUGACUCACAUUGCUGCAAAUGUAUUGAGUCACAAAAGAGUAGAAAUAUGUAGAAACUCUUCAAUUGAAUCAUUAUUGCCAUG